AUGGGUUACCUGAAGCUGCUGGUGAUGAAGGACUUCAAGUCGUGGCGGGGGCAGCAGGUUAUCGGCCCCUUCAUGAGGUUCAACUGCAUCAUUGGGCCCAAUGGAUCAGGAAAAUCUAAUAUAAUGGAUGCUGUUAGUUUUGUGAUGUGUGAAAAGAUAUCUAAUUUGCGAGUUAAAAGUGUUCGAGAACUUAUUCAUGGAGCACAUGUUGGAAAACCAGUUUCUUCUACAGCUAGUGUGAAGAUAGUAUAUUGUGAAGAAGAUGGGGAAGAAAAAACAUUUUCAAGAGUUAUCCGUGGUAAUUGUUCUGAAUUUCUUUUCAAUGAUAAAUCUGUCAGCCGAUCUACUUACAUAUCUGAGCUUGAAAAAGUAGGCAUACUUGUCAAAGCUAGGAAUUGUCUUAUUUUUCAGGGAACAGUAGAAUCAAUUGCAAUGAAGAAGCCGAAGGACAGAACUCAACUUUUUGAACAAAUCAGUAAUUCGUGGGAAUAUGCUGAAGACUAUGAACGAAAAAAGAAAAAAAUGCGGCAAGCAGAAGAGGAUGCACAGUUUAAUUAUAACAAGAAGAAAAGUGUUGCAGCAGAACGCAAACAAGCAAAGAUAGAGAAAGAGGAGGCAGACCAUUACCAGAUGCUUCUCAAGGAACUGGAUGAAGAAAGGAUACAGCUGCAGCUUUUCCGGCUUUAUCACAACGAAAAAAACAUUGACUUUGUGAAAAAAAGUUUGGAUGAAAAGAACAUGGAGGCUCGUAUCAAGAAAGAGUCUCUUUCUACAGCAGAAGAUGCAUUCAGAGCCAAGAAAAAAGUGCUUGGUGUACUAAACAGAGACCAACAGCACAUGGAAAAAGAAAUGAAGACUCUGGAAGCAUCACUGAUUCAGCAGAGAGCCCUCUAUAUAAAAGCAAAGGAAAACACUUCAUACGAAAUCAAGAAAGUAGAAAUGUCUAAAAAAUCUCUAAGGGACAAGGAGAAAUCCUGUGAUAAGGAAAAGCAGAACAUAAAGGAACUAGAGAUAGAAUUGAAUGAUAUUGAGAAGGCAUGGAGAGUGUUUGAGAAGAAAGCUGAAGAGGAGAUAUUGCAGAGAGCAGCAGCUAUUGAGCUGGGAGAAAGUCAGUUGGAGCGCUAUAAAGAGCUAAAGGAAAUAGCAAGAAAGAAAGUAGCUACACUAACCCAGCAGCUAGAAAAACUUCGUUGGGAGGAAAAAGCAGAUCAAGAAAGGCUGAAACUUAAUCGGAGGAAGAAAAAAGAAGUUGAGGAAAACAUAAAACACACUGUGGAACAGAUAGAAGAGCAUAAAAACCGAAUAGAGAAGCUGGAAGAAUAUGCCAAGAUAUGCACUGAAUCGUUAGCAGAGAAAAAACGGCAAGAGGAAGUACUAACUAAGGAAAUUGAAAAUUCAACAAUACGAAUGGCUGAAGUGAAUGAAGAAUUGAACAAAAUAGUUGGUGAACUGCAGAAUGCCAAAAUUGAUUACCAUGAAGGAAGGCGUCAGCAAAUGAGAGCAGAGGUCCUGGAAAAUCUUAAAAGACUAUAUCCGGAUUCUGUGUUUGGAAGACUGCUCGACCUGUGUCAUCCUAUUCAUAAAAAAUAUCAGCUUGCUGUUACCAAGGUAUUCAGCAAAUACAUGACUGCUAUUGUUGUUGCCACUGAAAAAACAGCAAGAGAUUGCAUUCGGUUCCUAAAACAAGAACGAGCUGAACCUGAAACUUUUCUUGCUUUGGAUUACCUUGAUGUUAAACCAAUCAACGAAAAGUUAAGAGAGAUAAAAGGAGCUAAAAUGAUGGUGGAUGUUGUACAAACUCCAUUUGCUCCACUGAAAAAAGUGAUUCAGUUUGUGAGUGGGAAUGGCUUGGUCUGUGAAACAGUUAAAGAAGCAAAACAAAUAGCAUUUGAUGGACCAGUGAGGUUGAAAACAGUGGCUCUUGAUGGAACUUUAUUUUUGAAAUCUGGAGUGAUUUCUGGAGGAUCAAGUGACUUAAGAUUUAAAGCUAGAUGUUGGGAUGAUAAAGAAAUGAAUAAAAUGAAAGAAAGAAGAGAUAGCUUGAUUCAUGAGUUAAAGAACUUAAUGAAGAUCAAACGUAAGGAGACUGACUUGAAGCAGUUGCAUGCUCAAUGCCACGGAAUUCAGACACGACUUAAAUAUUCACAGAAUGAAUUAGAGCUUAUUAAAAAGAAACAUCUCGCUAAUCUCUACACGGAAAAAUCAAAACUGGAAAGUGAACUGGUAAAUAUUGAGUCUCAGCAUGAUAUGCUGAAUGAAGGAAUAGCACAAAGAAAAGAAAAAAUAGAAGAAUUUCAGAAAAAAAUUAAUGAGGCUGAAGAUGCUGUUUUCCGGGAAUUCUGUGAAGAAAUUGGUGUAGAAAAUAUUCGUGUGUAUGAACAAGAACAUGUGAGACAACAAGAGGAGAUUGAUAAGAGAAGACUGGAGUUUGAAAGUCAGAAGACACGACUAAACGUUCAGCUGGAAUAUAAUCGUGAUCAUCUACAAAAAUUAACAAACACAGUCAGCAAGUUGAGGGAGACCAUUCAUAAGGGUGAAGCUGAGAUUAUUGGGCUACAGAAGGAUGAGGAAAAGCUUCUAAAAAAAGUGAAUGAAACUGUGGAGGAGCAGCAACACGUUAAGGAUAGAUUAAGUGCUCAUAAAUCUGAGGUUAUAAAAACCCAAAAUGAAGUUGAAGAGCUCAGAAAGACAUUGUUAAUGCUUAAUAGGGAAGCUACAAAAUUACAAAAGGAAGCUACAGCUAUAGAAGCCUCUCUGGAAGAGAAAAGAUUGAGACGACAUAAUAUGCUUCUUGAAUGCAAGGUGCAGGACUUGAAAAUAAAGCUCCUGUCUGGAUCACUGGAUGACAUCAGUGAAGUAGAGCUAGGAACUGAAACAGAAGGCACUCAGACUACAUCAAGUAUCUAUGAAAGGGAAGAGGCAAUUCAGAUAGACUACAGCAGCCUAGCAGAAGACCUGAAGGAACUAGAGUCUGAGAAAGAUAUAGAGGAUCAUCUGAACCAGAUGCAGCAGGAAGUAAAAUCUAAAGAGAAUACUUUAAUGAAGACAGCUGCUCCAAACCUGAGAGCAGUAGAGAAAUUACAGAUAGCUCGGGACAAGUUCCAAGAAUCAAUAGAUGCUUUUGAGACCAGCAGAAAGGAGGCCAGAACAUGCAAGCAGGAAUUUGAACAGGUGAAAAAAAAGAGAUACGAGCUUUUUAGCCGGUGCUUUGAGCAUGCCUCCAUAGCUAUUGAUCAGAUUUACAAGAAACUUUGCAGAAACAGUAGUGCUCAGGCAUUCCUUAGUCCUGAAAAUCCUGAGGAGCCUUAUCUGGAAGGCAUUGGCUUUAACUGCGUGGCUCCGGGAAAACGCUUUAUGCCAAUGGACUGUUUGUCAGGAGGUGAAAAAUCUGUGGCAGCUCUGGCUCUUGUGUUUGCUAUACACAGUUUUCGGCCAGCACCUUUUUUUAUUUUAGAUGAGAUUGAUGCUGCCCUGGACAACACAAACAUUGAUAAAGUAUCGAGUUUCAUUAGAGAACAGGCACAUGAACAGGUUCAAAUGAUAGUUAUUUCUCUAAAGGAAGAGUUUUAUUCCAAAGCAGAUGCAUUGAUUGGAGUGUGUCCAGAGCAUGAUGACUUUAUGUUCAGUCGAGUACUGACUUUGGAUCUUACUGAGUAUCCAGACUUCGAGGACCAGGGAAGAACAGAGAAGCAGAAACGCAGUUCUGUUUCAGAAUAAAGCAUGGACGAUUUCAGGGCCAGGUGACAACAGCAAGAACUGCGUUUACAGCUGACUGCUACAAAUCUGAGUUUGAAUGUGGCUAUUAGAUGUUGAUAGAGAAAUGUUUACCUUUCAAACAAAGCAGUUUUCUAAAGUACUGAAGGAAGUAACUGUUAUUCAUUGAUACAGUUUUGUUAACAAGCAAGAGAUAGCCAGAGGUUGUUACUGAAGUGUGUACAUGCUGGUAUGCAAAGCUUUCUCUUCAAAUGUUUUGGGGUUUUUUUGCCUUCAGAUGAAGGAUUACAGGUUCACAUAAGCACGCUAUUACAAACCAUAAGCCUCUUGCUUUUCUCAUGAAGAGUAAUGUGUUUAGCCAUAUCUCCAGUGCACUGUUUAGAUGCAUGCUACCACUGGUCAAGACCUUUACAGUCUCUCUUUUGUGUUGCAGCUGCAUCUGUUUGCAUUGAUAGGAUUAUUUCCUGUUUUUUAAAACAACAAGAUAUUGGAAUCUGCCCAUUAUCUUAUGUGACUUUUGUGAUGCCCAGUAAGACUUCAGUCUUCCGCUGCAACCUUAUGAAAGUAUUAGUUAACUUUACAAAAGCUCAUAUCUCUAUAGGUGUGAUGUAACAUGGAAAAAUUUCACCUUUGAGGUAUUCUACCCCCCCCAAGUGGAAAGAAUAAAACAGGUGUGAGUCAGAUGCCAUACAGGUAGCAGCCUUAGAAAAAAGGAUAUUGGUUUGCAGUUGAGAUUGUUGUUAUGUAGCUGUCCCAGUAAAGUCAAGUUUAUUUUGAUGGCUAUGCUUCAUCUAAGCAAAGUUAAUGAAGUUGGUUACAGAACACAGUUUGAGAAUGCUUGAAUCACUUCAUCUGGCUUAUAUUUCACCUUGGUGUAUGCUGAAGAGCUUUAUUAUUUAUUUAUUAUUGUUCAUAAUAACUGUAUCUUAUGUUCAUAUACUAGCUUCCUUUUGUCCACUAUGCUGCUUACACAUCUGCCUUGUAACAUGUUGCUAAUACUGUGCUUGUUGCACACAACUGAUGAUGUCUGGUCAUGUGGGGGUACUGCAUAAGGAAGGAAUGACAUGGGAGUAGUAGAUAAUGUUCCUACAGGAACAUAUUUCAACAACAUAAAUGUGUCCACUUAUACUGUAGACAGAUGUUUAUCAAAUACUUACGUUGCUGCUACACUUUGUUAAAUAAAAUUAUUUACUCUGAGUGUAAGUCUUGAGUUAGCAUCAGUCCCUUAAUU